AAAACCCAUAUUUUAGGUGUGACUGUGAUAGAUUGUAACUGAAAAAGUUAGAAAAGUCUGAUUAGUGCGGUUUUUUUGCCUUAGAAACCAGAUUAUUAAAGAUUCAUGGACAAGACAGGAAACAUAGUUUCAAAAUAAAAGCAUGAGAGUUUCUAAGGCUUUCUUGGUAAGCCUGCUUUUCUGUAUUAUAUGGAAAAGAUAUGAAAUGCAGUUUCCAUGUUAAGAGAUUGUAAAUAAAUAAUCAGGUGGCUGUGGAAAUACAUCCAGGGAAGUUUUUAAUGUUUCGAGAUGAUUUUCGCAUUGUCUUUGAGUUUGAAAGUUCAGUUUUAUUAUGAAAAUCCGUACCGGAAGCCGAGAAUAUACUCCAACUGUGCGGGUUCAGUACGUGCGUGCGAGACCCCCCUCACAGCGGGACACCGCAGAAGUAGAUCGGGGAUGAGGUCUGACCCGCAGCCUGUUGUUGAUGUUCGCUGGGAGGAUUUUAUUAAAGAGAAAAAUAAAACAAAGUGUGCGCACAGCGGAGAUUCAACAUUCGCUCCUGCUGUAAAUGAGCGAGGAAACAGGACAGAUGAGAGAAAGUGAAUUGGGAGCGUUUGGAGUCGCUUUUGUUGGACACGCUGCCCUCUGGCACCGCUGCUGCUGCUAACAGCGGCUCUUUGUGCUGCAGGCUGCCGCUUUUUCCUUCAGGGAGAAAGGUAGGACCUCUGGAAAAACCUUCCUGCAGGCUCCAAGAUAGAUUCCCUCAGGAGUAAAGUGGAUCUGCUGCGCCUCCCUCUGGCCCUCUCUACCAAGUCCAUCAGCAACUGCAAGAGCCAGUUGGGAGUGGUCUGGGACAAGGGCGGUUUGGGGACAGGAGUGGCCCGGAAACUCCGCCCACCGCCGAUCACUGACAUGGACAACGAGUCAACGUACUCGGGAUACUCUUACAAGUCAUCCCACUCGAGGAGUUCCCGCAAACACAGGGAGAGAAGGGACAGGCAUCGCUCUAAGAAUCGCGAUGGCAGCAUCCGUGGAGAGAAAUCUGUGGUCAUCCAGGCUCCGGGGGAGUCGCUGCUGGACGCAGAUUCCCCCAGAGAGGACGACAGGGAUGACAACUGGGGUGAAACGACCACGGUGGUCACCGGCACCUCCGUGGACAGCAUCUCAAACGAGGACCUGACGCAGCUAUCUAAGGACUCAGACGACUCUUCAGCGCUGGAGUGCCGGCGUUACAUCAGCCCAGCACUGGGAGCCAUUCUGGGCUUCGUCUCUCUGAUCACUCCACUGGCCUUCUUGGCCCUCCCACAGCUCUUGUGGCGGGACUCACUGGACCCUUGUGGCACGCCGUGCGAAGGCCUUUACAUUUCACUCGCCUUCAAGCUCCUGAUCCUCCUCAUCUCCACGUGGGCGCUGUUUCUCCGCCCGCCCAGAGCCGCUCUGCCACGCUUCUUUGUGUUUCGCUGUCUGCUGCUUGCGCUGGUCUUUCUCUUCGUGGCGUCCUAUUGGCUCUUCUAUGGGGUGCGGGUGCUGGAGCCCAGAGAGACAGACUACAGGGGGAUUGUGGGCUAUGCGGCAUCUCUGGUGGACGCGUUGUUGUUCAUUCAGUACCUAGCCCUCGUGCUGCUGGAGGUCAGACACCUGCAGCCUGCUUUCUCUCUGAAGGUUGUGAGGAGCACAGAUGGAGUCAGCCGCUUCUACAAUGUGGGACAUCUCAGCAUUCAGAGGGCCGCAGCGUGGGUUCUCGAUCAGUACUACAGCGACUUUCCGGUUUAUAACCCUGCGUUGCUUAACCUCCCCAAGUCCAUCCUCACCAAGAAAAUGUCUGCUUUCAAAGUCUACAACCUGGGGGAAGACAACAGCACCAACAACUCCACAGGCCAGUCCAGAGCCAUGAUUGCAGCGGCCGCUCGGAGAAGAGACAACUCUCACAACGAGUACUACUAUGAAGAGGCCGAGGUGGAGCGGAAGGUCCGCAAACGCAAAGCCAGGCUGGUGGUGGCAGUAGAAGAAGCUUUUACCCACAUCAAACGUCAUCAGCAGGAAGAUGCAGUCACUUCGUCUCCCAAACACCCGCGGGAGGUGAUGGACCCCAGGGAGGCAGCUCAGGCCAUAUUUGCCCCCAUGGCGCGGGCCAUGCAGAAGUACCUUCGUGCAACCAGGCAGCAGACUUACUACAGCAUGGAGAGCAUCAUCAGCCACCUGCAGUUCUGCAUUACCCACAAUAUGACACCAAAGGCUUUCCUAGAGCGUUACCUCGUCCCGGGCCCCACCCUGCAGUACCUGGACAGUAACAGAGGGCGCCAGUGGACACUAGUGAGCGAGGAGCCAGUGACCGCCUCUCUGCGCCAAGGCCACGUCUUCAGCCUGAAACGCCUCGACCUUUCUCUGAUUGUGACAGUAACGCCACUUCCUUUCUUGCACAUAGCCGAAGAGUUCAUUGACCCUAAAAGCCACAAGUUUGUCAUGAAGCUUCAGUCAGAGACGUCUGUGUAGGAGGGGAGAGGCACCGGGCAAGGCAGGGGAGGGGCAGGAUGUCGCAUCGUAUGUACUAAUACCUGAGGUCUAUUUUUAAUGUAUCUUUUGUUUGUUCUUUAUUUACUUUGUGGUAUUAAAAACCUGAUUGUUAUGACUGUUUAUUAGAGAAACGUGUGGCACAGAAAGGUCUUUACUGACAUAAAUAUAGAACUUGUAGGAAAAACACCAAGGCCACAAAAAUAGCACGUUACUGACGAUCUUCCAUUUACUUGCUUGAAAAACUGCUGACUGUUAACUUUGCUCUGUGGUUCUAGUUCCCGUUGUUGCAUUUUGUUUGCUCUUUAAAUUAGAUUCUUAAUAAACAUGAUAUUCCUGCACUGUUUACCUAAGACAGAUCUAUGGGAAAUAUUCAAGCAUUUUUAUUGUUCUAAAUGACCUUUUCUAUGUGCAGUCAGACCUGAAAGGCUUCACUUUAUUUUUCUAAGACUAUAGCUCAGUUCUCUUUUCUUUCUUUAGCAUCUUCUUUUUUUACUUUUUUAGUUCCUGACAGACGGACCUUAAAAGGCAAAGAAUGAACAGAAAACUUUACUAAAAGUUUGCCUGACAUUUAUAGACUGCUUUCAUAGCCUAAAUGCGGAGACAUGAAACCAUCUUUGAACUAUUUCUUCUUAUAUUUUUUAUUCCACAUGAAGAAGGUGAAAUGCUUACUUUGUAGUAAAUAUGAAAUUUUAAGUGAGUCUGGAAGGACAAUUUCACUGUUUCUAAAACAUGUUUUGUAUUGUUUAUGUGAUUUGGUCACUCACUGUGAGCACCACUCUUAACCUAAAAACUUCCUGCACGUAUUUCAAAUUAAGAUCCUAAAAGAGUUUCAGUGCAUAGGUGCCCUUCAUUUCUGCAGGGGUUUGAGUGUUUUCCUUUUUUAAAAUGUAAUUGUAUUUUUUAUUGGGUGUAUUUUGCUCUCACUUUGUUGUAAUGAAACUAAUGUCUUAAUGUCCUGAAAUUACCACUUGUCUCUGCAGGUCACUGUCUCUUAAGAAAAGACUCUUGAAAAAAAAAAAGUAUUAAAUGAUGUCAGUCAAACCUCAUAUGUGUCACCAGAUAGUUGAGUUGUGUAUUCGUUUUUUGGUCUGAAAAAAGGAAGUGAGGUUGACAUACGUAGGAGUGUGUGUGCCCUAACACGAGGUGACAAAUUUCCACAGUCAUGAUAUUCCAUGUAGCUAAAGUUGACUGGAAUUUGCCACACUACAGAAAAAAUAACCUACAAUAAUACAAAAUACAAAUGCUAUAUAA